AGUACGCGGUGGUGGACUGUUCUACGUUCAUUCUGGCCCUUGACCUUUCUCGUGUACUGUUUCCUUACUUGCUCCCAUCCCAUCCCGCCCUCCAUCCCCUCCCUUUCACGUCUUUACACAACAAAAUGGUGGUCAUAGACGACUUCGAGCGUGAUCCGGAGAAGAACUUGGCCGUCAUCAGCCCUGGAACAGCUGAGGACGACGAGUUACCACCUACCAUUGCUGCAAGACGUCGUAUCAGAUAUCUUGACGACGAUGAGGAGGCACAAGGUGUAGGUGGUCCUUCCAACAACGAAUUCGGACCUCCUUUGCGGAGACGCAGCUCUGCCUUCUCCAUCCACUCUCUGUCAAGCGUGCGAAGUGCACGUUUUGUUGACCCAGCACUUAUACUCCCAGUCCAAUAUCGUACUCUCAGCCACAAUAUUGCCAACACCGACGACAAUGUGAUCACCAAAGCGAAGGAUGCCCGAGAAAAGGCAGCGGUGGACGUCGGAAACCUCGACUGGCACACAAUCUCUCCAGAAGAGACCUGCAUCCGCUUGAAGACCUCGAUUGAAUCUGGUCUAACUGCUACCGGAGUCAAGGAAAAGGCAACUGAAUUUGGACCAAACGUCCCUAGUGCACCUCCAUCUCAUCUGGCUUCCAAGAUCUUCGGCUACCUUUUUGGAGGGUUUGGCGCCAUCCUACUCGGCGGCAGUAUUCUUGUCUUUAUAUCCUGGAAACCAUUGGGACAUCCUCCUGAGGUGGCCAACCUUGCUCUGGGCAUCGUGCUGGCUGCAGUGUUCGUCAUUCAAGCCGUGUUCAACGCUUGGCAGGAUUUCUCGUCUUCCAGGGUGAUGAACAGCAUCACGGGAAUGCUCCCCGAAGCUUGUAACGUCCUCCGCGACGGCAGCAAGCAGACCAUUCAGGCGCCUGAAGUUGUGCCUGGUGACAUCCUCUUCUUCAAAGCCGGAGACAAGUUACCGGCCGACAUUCGUUUCAUUGACGUUUCUUCCGAUUCCAAGUUCGACCGGAGUAUUCUGACAGGAGAAUCACUUCCUUUGGCCGCCGUUGUCGACUCAACAGACCCCAACUAUCUGGAGACGAGAUGCAUCGGGAUGCAAGGUACACACUGCACUUCCGGAAGCGGCAUUGGCAUUGUCGUCUCUACUGGUGACAGCACGGUUUUCGGCCACAUUGCGAAGUUGACCAGUCAGCCUUCGACCGGUAGGACCACUCUGCAAAAGGAGAUCUAUCGUUUCGUCAUCAUCAUUGUUUCACUCAUGGUCGCCAUGAACGUUAUUGUGGUUGCUGUCUGGGCAGGGUACAUCCGCCACGCGUAUCCACACUACAUCAAUGUCCCCAAACUUAUUGUAAACAUUGUGAGCGUGGCCAUCGCGUUUGUCCCCGAAGGACUGCCUAUUGCGCUCACCGCAUCCCUGACAAUCACGGCCAACAUCAUGAGACAGAACAAUAUCCUCUGCAAGUCGCUGAAAACGGUGGAAACCCUUGGAUCCGUUUCCGUCCUCUUGUCCGACAAGACCGGCACUUUGACCAAGAACCAAAUGGUUGUGACGGACUGCCUGGUGGGUCUCAAGACCAUGACUGCCAUAGAAGCAGCGCAAGAUGUUAUUGUCGAGAAGUCCGAAGGCCACUCCAGAAAGGCAGCGCUCGAGCAACUCCGCGUGGUCUCGGGUGUUUGUAAUGCCGGAGAAUUCGACCCUACCACAAUCCAUCUGCCCUUGAACGAGAGGAGGAUCAUCGCCGAUGCAACUGACCAAGCCAUCUUCAGAUUGUCUGAAAGUCUCGGUUCUGUCAAUGAGUCUAGGGACAUGUGGCGCAAGAGAUUCGACCUGGCUUUCAACUCGAAGAACAAGUUUGCUCUUCGUGUUUCCUCUGCCACUUCGGAAGCUGCAGCGGCCAUGACUGUGAGUGCGGCGGAGAAAGCUUCGUUCGAUGCCGACAACGACAUGCUCCUGAUGAUCAAAGGUGCCCCGGACAUCCUCCUCCCGAGAUGCACAAAGUAUGUCGGCGAGGACGGCGAAGUUCACGAGCUUGAUGACCGCGUUCGAACCUCUACCGAGGCUACCAAAGACUCCUGGUCGAGCCAGGGCAAACGAGUCAUCCUUCUCGGGCGCAAGCCACUUCCUGCGAGUGAUCUAAAGAGCGAUCCGAAUGACAACGAGUUCGAGCCAGAAGCUAUCCAGCAUGCUCGUGCAGGGUUGACGCUCAUUGCACUGGUCGGUAUUGUCGAUCCGCCCCGAGACGAAGUGCCCAGUGUAAUCGAGACCCUCCGCCGUGCAGGGAUCCGCACGAUGAUGGUUACAGGUGACUUCAAGUUGACCGCCCAAGCCAUUGCUCGCUCAUGUGGCAUCAUCACUCUGCCAGACGCCCAAAUUCACACGAUUGACAACCUGCCGCGCUUCGGUUCAGAAACGGGUGAGGACACCAAAUCGGUAUCUCGGUUCUCCAGGUCGAAAGCACCCAAGAAGACCCUGCUCCCGGGCGACAAGAAGGCCAUCGUCCUGACAGGCCCAGACCUCAUCACCCUCAUGCCUCACCAAUGGCACGCCCUAACAACAGAGUAUACGGAGAUCGUCUUCUCCCGGACCACACCUGACCAAAAAUUGCGCAUCGUCAAAGAAUUCCAGUCCCGCGACUACAUCGUUGCCAUGACGGGCGACGGUGUCAACGACGCACCUAGCCUGAAACAAGCCGACAUCGGCAUCGCGCCGUCCUCGGGCUCAGACAUCGCUAUCGAAGCAUCUGACAUGGUGUUGCUUGAUUCCUUCUCCGCCAUUCCCGAAGCCGUUCUCUAUGGACGCGUGGUCUUUGACAACCUCAAGAAGACAAUCGCAUAUCUCCUCCCAGCUGGAUCGUUUGCCGAAUUCUGGCCAGUCAUGACAAGUGUGGUUUUCGGUCUUCCACAAGUUCUGUCAAGUUUCCUCAUGAUCAUCAUCUGUUGUUUCACCGAUUGCGUGACAGCCACGAUGCUCGCCUAUGAGAAACCCGAAGCCGACGUCAUGUUACGACCUCCCCGCGACGUCCACGCUGACCGCCUGGUAGACUGGCGUCUGCUGCUGCAAGCGUAUGGCUUCAUCGGCUUACUCGAAACCCUCAGCUCCUUUGCCAUGAGCUUCUGGUACCUCUCCCGUAAGGGCUUGUCGUUUGGUGAUCUGUGGUUCUCAUUCGGCAACGGACCCACUCCACCAGGCAUGUCCACAGACGAGGUCGCUUAUCAUCUCAAUGUCGCGAGCAGUAUCUACUUUGUCACACUUGUGGUCAUGCAGUGGUUCAGUGUCAUGGCGUUGAGGACCCGUCAUCUGUCCAUAUUUCAGCACCCACCUAUUUUCAACAAGCAGACGCGCAACUUGUUGUUGUUCCCUGCUAUUCUCUUCGCUUUGAUUGUGGCUUUGAUCUUCACAUUUGUGCCUGGGAUUUCGGAGCUUGGAUGUGAGAAUGUGCCUGUCGAAUACUGGUUUUUGCCUCUGGCGUUUGGUCUUGGGAUUUUGUCGUUGGACGAGUUGAGGAAGAUGUUGGUUAGGAGGUAUCCCAACGGCGUUUUGGCGAGGAUGGCAUGGUAGAUGGCACAGAUGAAACUUACAUGAAGAUUAGAUUUGCACUUCCUUGAAUAUCUGAGAGCUGAGUGCAACCGGCGUGCGACGGUGAAGUUUUAGACUGUGUUGAUGCAUGGGCGAAUAAACGGAUUCUUGUGUAUGGCAGACCAACGACAUAUGAUCUGCCUCGUUGCAACCCAAGAGGCACCCUAUAGACAUCGAUAGUAAUCCGUACCUUGACCGGAACAUAUUGAUAGACAUUAAUAUUGCUUGGCUGGGAAGGCUUGCGUAAG